CGCAGGUUCGGGAAUGUUAAAAAUCUUAAAAGUGCUUUCAAGUGAUCAAAAUGAGUGCGGAAUCAGGCCAACAGGAUGUUGAGUCUAAGCCAAAAUCGGCUAGAGAUCCCAAUGCUGGGCACGAAUACGAGGAAGUGCUUGAAUUAAUCGGAUUCGGUCGAGUGCAGUGGAUAGUCCUUUUUGCGGCAGGACUUCUAAUUAUGAUGGUUAUAAACGAGACAAUGGGCAUGUCAUACAUCACUAUCGUGUCCCAGUGCGACUUCGAAAUGAGCUCCAUGGAUAAAGCCAUAAUGAGUGCCGCCAGUUUUAUCGGCAUAUUCUGCUCUUCCUACUUUUUGGGCUAUCUAAGCGACACUAUCGGUCGGAGGCCAGUAUUGAUAUAUACGACGAUCGCCGGGAAUGUGUUAUCCUUGUGCUCCACUGUCAUUCCGAGUUACUGGCCAUACGUUUUCCUCCGUUUCGGAGUUGGAUUUUUCAUUGCGGGAGCUUCCUCAACAACGUAUGCGUAUCUUGGGGAAUUCUUCACUCCUCGCCAUCGUCCCAUCGCCAUUAAUUAUGCUAGUCUUUUCGUGGGAAUUUCAACGAUUUAUGUACCUGCUACUGCCUGGCUGGUACUUUCAAUGAAUUGGAGUGUGGGCAUCACGGAUGACUUUUCAUUUCGCCCUUGGCGAUUGCUGACAAUUUGCUAUUUGCUGCCUGGAGUUAUUGGAACUUUAUUGUUGUGGUCUCUGCCUGAGAGUCCAAAGAUCCUGAUGUCCUUGCAUAAAACUGAGGAGGCUUUUGCGGCUGUUGACUGGAUUGCAAUAACAAAUUCCGGCAAACACUUGCAUGAGUUUAAAGUUCAUAAGCUGAAAACGGAACCGAACUUAGAUGGAGAAGGAGAAAAUAUAUUGCUUAUAUCUAAGUCUGCGUUUACCACCAUUAAGAAAAUGUGGAAGGAAACUAAGCCACUUCUGAAGAGACCUCAUCUGAUAAACUUUUUGAUCAGCUGUACUAUUAUGUGUGGUCUAUUUUUCAGUUCUUCGGGAAUGGGUCUUUGGUAUCCAGAAAUUCAAAAUCGGUUGGGCUCAAACACUGCUGAGGAUUCCAUGACAGUCUGCCAAGUUAUUGAUGCUUCGAUUGAUCAGAUGCAAGCCAAUACAACCAAUAAAAUUUGCGACGACCAUAUCAAUACCAAGAGCUACAUAGACACAAUAACCUACGGAUCUGCCCUAACUGUGGGCUAUAUUCUAAUGGGAUUGGUCAUCAAUACAAUUGGUCGCAAGGCCUCCAUUUUUAUUGGCCUUUCAUUGGCCGGAGCUUGUGCAGUUGCACUUAUCUUUAUCAAGGACGAAGUGGUGAUUGUGGUUUGCUUCUGUUUAUACCUGGUACUGCCAGGACUCUGUGUGUCGAUUCUGAGUGGUGCAGUCGUCGAUCUUGUGCCCACUCAUCUUCGAGGAAAGGCGGUCUGCAUUUGCCUCAUGUUGGGCAGAACAGGCAGCGUUUUCGGGAGUAAUAUUAUCGGAGUGUUACUGGACUAUUAUUGCUCUCUCACCUUCGGAGUGUUUUCUGGAUUUGUUCUGGUUUGUGCGAGCUUGACGCUACUGUUACCCAUAUGAAGGUUGCCAUUAGCAUUUAAGUAGUUUUAUCUAAUUUAUGUACAAAAAUUUAAUAAAGAUAUUUAUUUUUUAAGAAA